GGAGCAAAGUUGAAUUGUGGCGAAGAUCACGGCCGAGGAUGGAACGAUCUCGCCGUGGCGGACAGCGCGGCCGCAAGCCCAAGACGAGCAGCAUCUCCAAGGACGCUGACGGCGACAGCGGCAGCCAUGGCAACGGGCUGCGCUCGCCGCCGCCCCGAUCGCGCUCGCUGCAGCAGCUGGAGAAGGACCACGACAGCGCCAACGUCGACGACUCCAUGUCGGAAGACGAAGCGGACGACAAGGAGGCCACCGCGCAGGGCCUCUUGCAGGCGCUCAUAGGAUGCAUCGAAGAAGCCGAGGCCGACAUCCUCGACGAGAAGAAGCACGGAAGCAAGAGCAAGGCGCGCCACGACGACGCGGACGACGACGACGGCGAGAACGACGGCCACGAAGAGACCGCCGCCGAGUUCAAGGAGCACAUGCUUGAGCUCAAGAAGAAAGUUCAGAUGAUCGAAGAUGGCACGUUCGCCGAGUACUGCCGGCGGUGCGUCGAGUUCAAGGAGGACCGGAGCCGCGCGCUCCAGACAGCGCGGCAGCACCGCGAGCUCCAGCUCAAGAACGUCCAGGAUUUGCUUCUCUUUGACUAUCAAAAGGCCGAGGAUCUCUACGCGACCGGGAAGGACUGCAUCAAGUACGACAUGAUGAGCCACGUCUAUGCGAUGCUUGACGACGUCGCGGCGCAGCUCACACAGUUGGACGCCGACCCGACGGCCGACGAGCCGCCGGUGGCCAAGAAACCCAAGCUCGCGGACGGCUUGUUGCCGCCGUCCGAGUGCCGCCUCGCGCUGCCCGAGGUGCAGAGCGACGUGGCCGCCAUUUGCGACAGCUGGAAGACCACGCCGGUCCUCAACGACACGCUGGUGCCAGUGCCAACGUCGUGCCGCCGGGGAGUGCUCAGCUGUGGCGACUUCCUCUUUGACGAAGGCGAUGAGGUCGUUCUCUCGUCUAACCUCAUGCAGCGCGAGUACGUCGGCACGAUCCAGUCCUUUACGGACGACGCUCUCUACGUCGUCCUCAACACGGGCGAGAAGGCGCGCAUUCUCUUCCAGAUGCUGCAAGAGAAGCGCUGUGCGAUCAUGCCCUUUCAACGAGGCAACUCGGGCGUCAAGAGCCUCCAGUCGUCGGGCUGGGUGCGCUGCGAACCCUUUUAA